AUGUCCAACUCGAAUUUGAUUAAUAGAAUAUGCUCAGAAUACGAGGUUAUAUUAGCCAGUUCAUCACCUAGGAGGUAUGAAAUAUUGCAUGAUGUUAUUGGGAUUAAGGACUUAAAAGUGAUGAAACCUGAUUUUGAAGAGGAUUUAGACAAGAGUAAUUAUGUUAACGAUCCAAUUCGAUAUGUCUGUGAUACUUCAUAUGGUAAAGCUGAGAGUAUUGUUAGAUCGUUAAAGAACAAGUCUGACGAGGUUAAUAAGAAAAAGCUAAUUGUAUGUGCAGAUACAGUGAUUAUUGAUACUAAAAACAAAAUAUACGAGAAACCUCAAGAGAAAGAAGUUCAAUUGAAAAAUCUUAAAAAGUUUUGUUAUGAAGAAGAAUACAUUAAAGUUGUAACUAGUGUUAAUAUAGUUAAAUGGAUUGAUGCAGAUAGAUAUGAUUUUGAACCAUUUUAUGAAGAGACAAAGAUAUAUUUCGACAAGAACACGCCAUUAGAACUAAUUGAGGAUUAUGUUGGAAGUGAAGAUGGAUUAGAGGUAGCAGGUGGAUUUAAAAUUCAAGAGAUAAGUGGAGCCAUGAUUAGAGGCAUUGAAGGAGAUUAUUAUAAUGUCGUUGGAUUACCAUUGAAUAGGACAUUGACCCGAUUAAUAUCCAAAUUAGAUAUAUCUUCUUCUGUAAUAAUAUAA